CUACACGCCACGAGGGAUAGCGUAAGGCAGGCGUUGACGUCUUCUGAUAUUAACUAUUACAGAGAAUCUGAAAUAAUAUCUGUCUUCACCUACUCAAAUUUCAUCAUAUAAACAUCCUGAAAAGUUUCAUAUCAUCACUAACAAAAGAAAUCUCAACGCAGAAAGAAUCUCUGGCAAAAAUGGGCUCGAACCAACAAGAUUUUAACAACCAGGCAUUCUUAGCCUACGCCGUCAACGGGAAAGACACUACGUAUAUAUCGAAUGGAAAGUACGACGCCCUCACGGACUGUAAAGACGAUGGCUACGUCAAACCUUUUUUAAAUGUCGAUCCUAAUAAGAAUCACGAAUAUGAGAACCCGGCCGAUGUAGCGAGGAGAGCGGGCUUGAAUCGCGCAGGCAGCGGGCCCCGACGAAAAAAUAACCAACUUUAUGGGGAAUCGAAGAGAGUGUGCCUACCAGAUAGCCCUCCAUCGCCAACCGAUGGCGCAGAAUGCUCACCCCUCAUGGUCACGACCGUACAAGAGAGCGACAAACCUCACAAAAGGAGGGGAAAGUGCGACUUCAAAAUGGUUAUAUUUUUCCUGCUCGUUUUAUGUCUUAGCGCCGGUGGGCUAGCUCUGAGCCUGAUGAACAUGAUGAACAAGGAGAGUUGUCUCUGUUCUCGUCGAGAACUACCAGUGGCCCCCGUAAUUGGCAACAAUCGUGUUGAGAAAUACGAUGAUACGUCUGUUAAAGAGAAACUGGAUAGUUUACAGAAACAAUUUGAUGAUCUCCAGAGGAAACUGGAAAACCAAAGACGCCAGUUGGAAAGGGUAAACAAAAGUGCAACGUUUAAACCUAAGUUGGAACGAGGUCCACCGGGACCAACUGGUAACAAGGGUCCCAAGGGUGAACGAGGUGUCCCGGGACCGCAAGGGGAAACAGGGAUACAAGGACCCCGAGGCAUCCCGGGAAUGGGAAAUGUAUCCAGAUGUACAUUCAGAACUAAGAACGCCAUAUCAACGGUAAUCAAAGGCAUGCCAACUAAUUCGCGAGCAAAGGUGGUAUACAAUGAACCUCAGGAUAUCAAAGUAAUGGCCGCAUCCUGUUCUACGUCUCAAGGCAAGGGGGUCGGUUCGGCAUAUUUAUCCACAACAGAGACGAAUGGGAAAAUGACAUACACUUGUGAAUGCGCAGGGAUAUCUGUGUACGGAGUUUUUAAGCCGACAAGGGACCGUUAUGGUAAAAAACAAAUUGAAUGCAUCAUCCAGAUAUGGGAGUGUCCGCUAUAGAGGUAGCUGCUUCUAUAUUUGUAAUAUUAUAGGGAAUUUAUUAAGAAAAUAUAUUGUAUUACAGUAGGUCUUUUUGCAAUCAAAAGCUUGUAUAUGUGUACUGUCUGCCCUACAUACUCCGAUCAAAUGGAACUGACAUAAACUGUUGCAUAAGAAAUAUUCGGACGCUGAAUGGCACAGAUAUCGUUGAACUAUUAUGCACAAUCUUUGUGUAUUAUCAAGGCGAUGAAAUUGGUUAUUUAGGCAAACUACUGUAGCCGAGACCUUUGCAAUAAGUCACACGCCUGUGAGCGUUCUCAAGCAUUUUACCAAGCACCCUAGACACAAGACAGAACGUCUUCACCAGUUUUAGUUGUCUCACAAAGCCCGUGCAAGUACUCAAAACUAGUUUUUAAAAAACACCCAACUUUUUGGAACAUAUUUAGGACAACCAUCCAUCUUGUAAAUUGAAAAGAAGAGAACAUUUAGACCAUAAUAUAUUUUGAAGAGAUUAUAUUUUGAAGAGAUUAUAUAGAAGAGAAUAUAACAUUUAACACAACCAAUGCAAAAUUUGGAUUCUUACACUUGCAUGGGCUGGGUGACUCAAAUGAAAACAGUGGCGUCGCCAGGGGGGGAACUGGGGGGGACAAGUCCCCCCGAGUUACUCUAAAGACCACUUUUGAGAUUUUUCUAAAUGUGAAGAGAAAAGUGAGGGGGGGGGGGUACAAUGAUUCUAAUUUCCAACAGCCGUGUAAAUAAAGAAAUUUUCGAAUUAACGUUACUUUUGAUCACCUAAAGAAUAACAUUAGAAUAACAUAUCAGCAUAGGAAGAGACAUUGCAGAUAAGAUUGAGUUGGAUACUCUUGUUGACACAUUUAGAUAAGCUAACAACAGAAAGUUGCAAUUGUGAAAACUGUUGGUUUAUAACAAAAAUCGUCAAUCUGUGGCUUUCAGAUUGUCAUAAAACCUGCCUGAAAAUGUUGGAAAUUGCGUUUUAGAGACCCUAGAAAUAAAAAUUUUCUCGAGGGGGAAUGCCCCCAACCCCCCUAGGGGUCUAACGCCUUUAAUUUUUACAUCGUCCCCCC